AUGAGCUCUAGCAAGGGCCGGCGGAGGCGCUCCAGCAGCCUCAUGUACACGGAGCCGCCUGAGAGCCUGGAGCAUAUCAGCGACCAGUCUGCGCUGCCGAACCUCAAUUCUGAGUGGGUGAAUGCUAAGGGCGCCUGGGCAAUCCACAUAAUCCUGAUCCUCGCCCUAAAGAUCUUCUACGACAUCAUCCCCGGCGUGUCCCAGGAGACCUCCUGGACGCUGACCAACAUAUCCUACAUGUUCGGCUCGUACCUGAUGUUCCACUGGGUGCGCGGCGUGCCCUUCGAGUUCAACGCGGGCGCCUACGACAACCUGAACAUGUGGGAGCAGAUCGACAACGGGGACCAGUACACGCCGGCCAAGAAGUUCCUGCUGACUGUGCCGGUCGUGCUGUUCCUGGUCAGCACGCACUACACGCAUUACGGGGUGGCGUAUUUUGUGAUUAACUUCUUGGCGACCAUGGCGGUUGUGAUUCCGAAGUUACCGGCGAGCCAUCGUUUACGCAUAGGGCUGUUCUCCGGGCCUCCUCCUGAUGACGUGCAGUAG